AUGGCAGUGCAAGCUCAGUCUAAGUUUGUCUCUUCUUCACUGAAACUCUCUCUUGUUUCAGCUUCGAUUGAUUUUCUGCUGCUUCUAGAGGCAUUGUCUCCAUCUACUUUUGGUUAUGCACAGAUUGAUUCACUAGUUCUUCAACCACCUCCUUCAAUUUGGCAUUCUCUCCAGCUAGAUGAGUAUCUACAGUCUGCCAUGUCACCCUUUCUAGGCUUCUUCCUCACGUACACCCUUCCCCGUCUACGUGUAGUAGCUUCUUGGAUCAAUGGCCCACUAUGCCCAUUUGGAUUAGGGGGUUUGGAGGAAUCAAAUGUUGAUAGCUUUUUUGAAGAUGUUUUGCUGAGUGGUAAACCAUGGACUGGUGUAGCCCCGGAGGUGUUUAGUGGUUCACACGUUUAUGUAUGUGCUCAUGAAAGUCGUGACGUGAGAUGUGGUGUAUGUGGGCCAGCUCUCAUCAAGAAGCUGAAUGAGGAGAUUGAGCUCCGAGGCUUGAAGGAUCAGAUAUCUGUUACAGCCUGUUCUCAUAUUGGUGGGCAUAAGUAUGCUGGGAAUGUUAUCAUAUUUAGCCCAGAAACAGAUGGAAAAACUAUGGGACACUGGUAUGGCUAUGUUACUCCUAAUGAUGUUUCCGAAUUGUUGGACCAACAUAUUGCAAAAGGAGAGAUCAUCCAACGACUUUGGAGGGGCCAAAUGGGGCAAUCUGUUGCAAUAGAUAAGGGAGCAGAUGACCAGAAAGUUGCUAAUGGAGAGGAUGCCAGCAAGGACAAGAAUAAUCAAAUUGAAAGUGAGAAUCUGAGGAGCGAAGAAAACGUUGGUUGUUGUCAGGGUGCUAAUGGGGUUUCCUGUUGCAGAAGUGAGAGUGUUGAGAGAAACAACGGGAUUGAAGAAAAACCUGAAGAAUAUACAAAGAAGGGGAGCAAAGUCUGCUGUAAUUGGCCUGUAUUACAGCAGCGUGAUAUUCUGACAGCUGUUGGUGUGGUUGGAGCUGUAGCCGUUGUAGCUGUGGCUUACAAACUUUAUAGAAGAGCAUGA